CGAUAGUGCCAUCGAUAGUUCUCCACCUCUAUUUUGCAAAAUGAUGGAACUGCAGCUGAAUGACGUUGAUUUAGAGGAUGGCGAGCUAUCAGAAAGCGAAGACGACGAAAUUUAUACACCGCUGCAACGACCUGCAGCCACUCCCGCGCCGGGUACAAGUGCCGAGAAUGUUGCAAGCCCUCACACUACUUGCCACCCAACUCAAACCGCUCUAGAUGAUGAUGAUGAGUCCCAGACAAACAGCGAGUCCUCUUCGGGAGAGUCCUCAGAGGAGGGAUGCAUAAAGAAGCUUCGCAAAGAUCCAGACAGCGGCCACAAGAAGCGAAAGAAACGAAUCAAGCGCACGGUCAUGAGGAGAGUUCCCCCCACAGAGACAGAGAUGCUGCCCAAUCGCACGCGCUUCAAGAAGUACAAUGUGUGGACAGCCGCCCUUCAGGAAGAUGCACUCAGUGAGAAUAUGCGUGGAUGUGACGUUACUCGUAGUAGCCGGGACCGUAACGUUGAGAACUAUGACUUCUCGCUGAGGUACCGGCUUAAUGGCGAAAACCGGCUAAAGCGGCGGUUGUCUAAUUCAUCGGAGGAUGAGGCGUCGUCACAUCCCGCCCACAAGAGGGGCCGUCCCUCGAGUCGCCUCACGGAAGCAUAUCCUCAGCGGGAACCGGUCAAGAGCCGCCUCGGGCAACGUGCGCGACGCGGCGCAUCGUCGACCAGUGGCUCUUCUGACAAUUCGUGCGAGCCCCGACAUAUUCUCGACCUAAACGAUAUAGCUGGACGCGAUCCAUCCGAUGUGGCAACAGAGAUGGCCAGUAAACUGUACGAAGAAAAAGACGAGUUGCUAAUCCGCGUUGUGGAAGUUCUGGGAAUGGACUUGCCCCUGGAGCUGUACAAAGAAACACAGCGGAUCGAAGCGGAUGGCGGCAUGAUGAUCAAAAAUGGCAGGCGAAGACGUACACCAGGCGGUGUAUUUCUGUUCUUGUUAAAGCACCACGACAAUAUUACGCCAGAGCAAAAAAAGUCAAUCUUUGAUGAAGAUCGCCAGAACAUGAACAAGUCUCGUAAGCAGAUCGAGACCUUGAUGCGUGACCGAAAAGUAGAGGAGCUGAAGAAGUGUUUAAGCAAACAAAGCACCGAAUUGCCUUCGCUAUGCCAGCGCAAAGAGCAUUAUAUGCAAGCUGACGAGCUGAGCACCCAGAGUCAGCCUGGCAGUUUAUCGAACCCUCCGCCUUCUCCAGUAGGGCACGAGCAGGAGAGCCCAGAAUAUAAGACACACGAGAUUAACAUAAAUCUAGUGGACAAUGCUGAACUACCAUCUACAUCGAAGGCGGCCGCUUUGGCGUCAUCGGCGGCCCUUAAGGAACUGGUUAGCUAUGAUGACGAUUUUUUGGAUGUAAACUGUGGAGAAAUGGACUUCUUCUAGGCUAACGCAUAGCGUUAAACGUGGGUCCCAUUUUGUACUAAAUUUACAUAGUUAGAACCUCAUUUGUACAUUUAAAUAAAUGCCUCAGACGCCGGAA